GUGUAAAACUUCUGUUGCAUGGUCUUUGCUCCAACACCACGGUCAAAUCUUUGGACUUGAAGGGAAAUAACCUGCGAACCGUGGGAGCUGAGGCUUUGGGAAAACUUCUUAGGCAGAACAAAUCCAUCAAGAGCCUUAUCUUGGAAUGGAACAGCCUUGGUGUGUGGGAGGAGGGCUUCUCCUUUUUCUGCCAAGGACUGGGAGCAAACAGCUUUCUCCAGCGGCUAGAUCUGCGCAAUAACCAGAUCAACCAUCAAGGGGCUGGAGAGCUGGCCAUGGCGCUGAAACAAAAUGCCAGCCUUCAGGAGCUAGAUUUGCGUUGGAAUAAUAUUGGGCUUCUGGGUGGCCGAGCUUUGCUGAACUGCCUGCACAGCAACAAGACCCUGAAGAGGCUGGAGCUGGCUGGGAACAAUGUUCCUAGCGACAUCCUGAAAGCUGUGGAACAAGCCAUGGAUCACAACCAAGACCGUCAGACUAUCCUGAGUGAGACGCAGAACCGAGCGUACAUACUCAGCAAGGAGGUUUUGAGUCUGAAGGAUGAGAAGACCAAGCAGUUCUUGGAUUUGAUGGACACUAUAGACAAGCAGAGAGAAGAAAUAGCCAGGAGUGGCAGGAUGUCUGCAGCACGAGUCAGCCAGCUGCAGGAAGCGUUGGAUGAACAGCACUGUAUUAUGAAUUCGCUGAAAGCCAAGCUGCAGAUGACUGAAGCUGCCCUGGCUCUGUCUGAGCAGAAGGUACACAACUUGGGAGAGCUACUGAAUGCUGUAAAACAGGAACAAACCAGCAUGGCUGAGUGCCACUUUACGGAGCUCCAGCAGCAAAAGCAGGGAAGUGCUGAUCGGGAAAGCAAGCUUUUGCAUGACUUGUCUGCUGCCAGUGAGAAAAAUCUACUUCUAAGGAACCAGGUGGAAAGCAAGUCUAAGGCUGAGAAGCAGGACUUCAACAUUGUUCACUUCUGCUCUGCAUAUAUGUCCUCUACUUUGAUCCUCAUUCAUGUGUCUGCUGAUUAACGCCUGGAAAUGGAGAAGAGAAGAUUUAAACAAAGCCUUGAAGACAUGGAAUCCCUUCGGGUAAAGGAGGUGGAUCAUAUGACACAGCACAUUGAGGCCAGUGAACGUUCCAUGCAGGACAGGAUCCAGAGGCUGGAGGCCAUCAGAAUAGCUCUGGAGGAGGAGCUGAGCCAAGUCAAAGCAGCUGCGCUCAGUGAGCGAGGCCAGGCAGAGGAGGAGUUAAUAAAAGUCCGGAAUCAGGCACGAUUGGAGGAGCAGCAACGACUAGAACACCUAGAAGAGAAGCUGCGUCUGAUGACUGAGUCACGGGAUGAAGCUCAGAACUGCUGCCUUAAGCAAAAACAAAUGAUUGCUGAGGCCCAAGCCAGAGCCAACCAGUUAGACCUGCAUGCUGAUGGACUCAGAAGGCGGCUAGAGGAACUUCAGCAGGACCUGAACAGUAAGGAAGAGGAGAAAGUGACAGAGGUGAAUAAAGUGAAAGUGGAAUUACAGGAGCAGAUUGGACACCUGCAGGCUGAACGCACAGCACAGGAUGGACUGAGAGAGAAGAUUGCAGCCCUGGAGAGACAGCUGAAAGCCCUUUCAAGUAAUCACCGUGAGGCACUGCUGGACAAAGAAGGUGAAAUCUCUAUGCUGCUGGAGAAGCUGAGAAUGAAAGAGGCUGAUAUCUCCAGGAUGAGAGAAGAAGAGGCCCAGCGAGCAAGUUUCUUGCAGAAUGCCAUCAUGGCAUAUGUGCAAGGUUCCCCCUUGGGAACCCACAGUUAUAGGAAAUGAGAGCAUGGCUUGAAGAAUCCAGAUAACUGCUGUCAGGAAGAGGGUGAGCAACUCAGGUACAGCCCC